AUGCAGACCGUCAACACAAUUCUCCUCUCCCUCAUUGCCGCCAGCGUAGGCACCGGACUCCCACAAAGUGGCGGAACUGCUAUUGGACAGGCUACGCAGUGCAAAUACAUGGUGUCGUGGCAAGAGGAAAAGCCCGGGUACAAGUGGAUUUGGGUUUGCAAGGAAGAUUGCGUCACAUGGCAGUUUUCCGACAAGUCGCAUCCAGAAUGCUUGCGUCAAGUCCCUAUCGAUAGCACGGAUGAGAGGUACGUCGCGGCUCAACGGCACAUGGAUUGUUCAGAUAGACUGACUAGAACCUUGUUCAGCGUCUAG